UCGUCCAUUCUCCCCCGCCUCUUUAUGCAGGGCAUUGUUCAUAGGACUGCUCCAUCUAUUGGCUAGCUCAUUUUCUGUCCUCGUGAGCUUCGUCGGUGUUGUCUCGCGCAAAGGCAACAAACAACUUACUGCAGCGUUGGAAAGGGGGGGGGGACAGGAUACGGUAAGCCUCAGCUCUGUCACAAGGAGUUCAUUCAUACGACGCCCGGACAUGCUUGUACAACCACAUUGUCGAUCUGUCAAGCGAGCUUCCGGACGAAGAAGCACAUGUACAGAGUACAAGCACACACAUCAUGAGGGAACGAGGGGGGGGGGUAUGCUAUGCCAACGCGCGACUCGGCCUAUAUCAUGCAUUAGCUCGCGUGCGCUUCAAACCUCACUGCAUUUCGGUCCCUAUCACGGUAAAAUUAUUGCCUAUGCGGUCGCAAAUCUCCGUACUGAGUGACUUGUUCGUCAUCACCCCGCGUCGUUAUCAACAUGUCGUCUUCUGGGGGCCAUUAUGGAACGUUGUUUGAAAUACUAUGUAAGGGUAAGGAAUAUCCCCUGCGAUGAGCCGGAUGCCGAGGAGCUGGGAUGUAUGCAGAUCACAACAAACCGUAGUACUUUUCCGUAAACUCGCUGCGAACAGCUGUUCUUUGCCGUA